AUGUUUGAAGAGGUUCGGAUCCACAUACCGCUUUCUCAAACUGAUGCCCAGGAAAGCGACCUCCGCUUCCAAUUCAGCCAGACGUCGUCCCAGGUUGUCGAGCGCCGUGAAUGCUUGAAGGAGCAGCGAGGGUCCUGCGGUGUUUCCCCAAUCCAGCCAGUGCUGGACCCCGAAGACCGGAUAGUCGGUGGAGCGACCGCCCUGCCCGGAAGCUGGCCCUGGCAAGCGCAGCUGCACAACUGGCUAGGAGGUUUCUGCGGCGGCGCAUUGAUAAGCGACCGGCAUGUCCUCACGGCUGCCCACUGCGUCAAAUCCUCGCGCUCCAAACCUGCGCCCGGUCACUCAUGGCUCCGUCGUCGAACUGACAGGCUGUGUGAGCAAAGAGGAGGCUAUGCACCGUUCGAACACAAACGCCGAACGCCACACGCCGUCCUUCCACGUUCUUCCGGCGGCGUUUGUUACGAGAAAUACGUGUUUCUCUCGGCUCUCAUCGUCGGUCAAGAAAGGACGACACGGAGCAAUUUUUUGAUGUCGCAGAAAUUUGCAUUCACCCUCGAUACAACGAAAGCCUAAAACUGGUAAGGUCUCGAGUGACAAAUACCGGCAUGGCUGGUUUAGCAGUAACAAUAAAGGGGCACAUGUGCGAUA